UAUAUGUCAAACGGAGAAUCAUGUCAGUCUUUUUGUCAAUUUCGGUGAUUUUCUGUUUGUGAUAAUUUGCACGUAAAUCUAUUAAUAAUACCGCAUUCAAAACGGCGCACAGUAUCGGAUUAGAAUCAGAAUUGAGAAUAUUUCGGGUCGAGUUGUCGCAAGAGCCGCAUCAAAAUUCCUCCAGCCUCGGUGCCCCGCGGCUCAAGUCUGGGAGCUGCUGAUCGGUGGGGCGGCAUGCUGGCGGCGAGCUCGGCGGACGAGGUGCUGGCGCUGCUGGAGGGCGGCGCGGGCGGCGCGCGCGAGGCGGCCGAGCUGCUGGCCGCGCUGUACGGCGCCGUGCGCGAGCCGUGGCUGGUGCGCGCGCUGCUGGCCUACCACGCGCGCACGGGCUCGGCGCGGGCGCUGCAGCUGCUGGCGCGCGCGCCCGAGCCGCACGCGCGGCACCUGCUGGACGCGCUGGCCGAGCAGCUGCGCGCCGAGCCCGCCGCGCGCCGCGCCGCGCUGGCCGCGCUGGCGCCGCUCGUGGCGCGCCGGCCCGCCUGGCUGCACCGCGUGCCGCCGCACCCGCUGCCGCGCGACCUGCUGCGCGCCGCGCGCGUGGAGCACGAGCCGCUGCCGCUGCUGCACGCGCUGCUGGCGCUGGCGGCGCUGCUGCCGGCCGCGCCCGCGCUGGCCGCGCCGCACUGGCCCGAGCUGGCCGAGGCGCUGCUGCGGCCCGCCGCGCUGGCGCCGCCGCCGCCGCCCGCGGCGCGCGCGCACCUGCAGCUGGCGCAGCUGGCGCUGUUCCACGCGCUGUACGCCACGCACCCGGUCACGCUGCUGGACACGCUGCGCGCCGAGCUGAGCGCGGCGGCGGCGCGCGAGGCGUGGGAGCGCUCGCUGCAGCCGCUGCUGCACUCGGUGCGCCUGCACCCGGCGCUGGUGACGGGCUCGCGCGCCCGCGAGGCGGACGCGGCGCGGCGCCUGGAGGAGCACGACGUGGUGGCCGAGACGCGGCGGCUCACGCUGUACACGCCCGAGCGGCGCGACGCGCCGCCGCCGGCGCCGCUGCCGGCCGCGCCCGCCGCGGCGCCGGCGCCCGGCUCAAGUGCGCACGCGUCGCGCGCGGCAGCGCAGCUGCGCCCGGGGGCGGAGCCCUGGUUCGCGCUGGUGGACCGCUGCGGCGCCGACUCCGCCCCGCACACGCCGCUGCCGGCGGACGCGGAUACAGCCGCGCCGCUGGAGACCGCGGUCGAGGCCACGCCCGAGAACACUCCCGCUAAGGAGACGCGUGCGGCGUUCCGCUUCCCGAGCGAGUCCACGGCCGUGCGCGCCCUGGGGCUGCGGGCGGCCAGCGCGCGCGCCGCCAGCCCGCCGCGCGGCGCGUCCCCGCCGGCGGGGCCGGGCGCGGGCGGCGCCGGCUCCGGGCGCCUGGCGCGCGUCGUGGCGGAGCGGCGCGCCGCCGACUCGCCCGUGCCCUUCGCGGGCGGCGCGCCGCCGGCGGGCGCGCUGCGGCCGGAGCCGCGCGCCGCGCUGCCCGCGCCGCCCGCCGACUCGCGGCCCGUGCUGCAGCUGGCGCCGCGGCCCGCCCCGCGCCGCGCCCGCGGGCCCGGCCGGCCCGCCGCCCGGCCGCCGCGCCGCGCCGCCUCGGCCGCGCCCGCGCCGCGCUCGCGCACCACCACGACCGCCGUGCAGACGGUGGACGCCUGGCCGGAGCCCUACGAGUUCAUCAUCGCAGACUUCUACCGCAGCCUGCCCGAUGACCCUCAGAAGGAGUCCUCGGGCCGCGACCCGCUGCUGCCUUGCGAGCGCCUCGACGCGUACCUCAGCGAGCUGUACUCGGGCACCGCGCGGCCCUACCCCAGCGAGCUGGCCGAGCAGCUGGCGCUGGCGCACGCGCAGCUCAUGUACGAGCGCUGGCGCCGCGAGGCCCACGCCGAGCGCAACCGCCGCCUGCUGGGCCGCUGCCGCCAGACGCGGGCGCUGGAGCUGCAGGUGGCGGCGCUGCGGGACCGGCUGCGGGCCACCACGGCCGAGCGGGACGAGCUGGGCGCGCGCCUGCUGGAGCGGCGGGCCAGCGAGCGGCCGCAGCCCGCCGCGGCGCCGGCCGAGCGCGAGGCGCGGCUGGAGCAGGCGCUGCGCGAGGAGAGCGCGGCGCGGGCGCGGGCCGAGGCCGCGCUGCACGAGGCCGAGGCGGCGCGCGCGCAGCACGCGGCCGAGCUGCAGCGCUCGCGCGGCGCGGCCUUCGAGGCGGCGCGCCACGUGGAGGCGCUGGCGCGGGCGGCGCUGGCGGCCGACAAGCGCGCCGAGCACGUGCGGCGGCUGCGGCGCGAGCUGCUGGUGCUGGGCGAGCGCGACGCGCGGCUGGCGGGCGGCGCGCGGGCCGCGGCGGCGCCGGCGCCGGCCGCCGACGUGCGCGCGCUGCGCGGCGCCGUGGCGCGCGCCGAGGCCGACGCCGCGGCGCUGGCGGCGCGCGCCGACGCGGCCGCGGCGCGCGCGCACGAGCUGGAGGCGGCGCUGGCGGCGCGCGACGCCGUGCUGCAGGAGAUGAAGCGCGCCACGCGCCUGGCGGCCGAGGAGCACGCGGCGCGCCUGCGGGCGCUCACCGACAAGUACGACGCGCUCAUGCGGGUGCUGCGCGCCGCCGAGGGCCAGCGGCUGCGGCGCCUGGCGGCCGAGCCGGGCCCGCGGGGGCCGCGCGAGCCGCUGGCGGCCGACGGGGACGCGGCCGGCGCCGGCCCGGACGCGGACGACGCCGUCGGCGCCGACAGGUAA